AUGUUCCCGGUUUUCUUUCUGCUGUUCCUCUUCGUCCGGAGCGCGGAGCUCCGUCACCUCCACCCGGAGGCUCACCCGGGGCUCCGUCACCUCCACCCGGAGUCUCACCCGGGGCUCCGUCACCUCCACCCGGAGGCUCACCCGGGGCUGGAGGCGCAGCGGGCGGAGGAGUCCUUCUCCCCGGAGAGGACGCUUGCACAACGGGUGGAGCGUUUGAGAGAUGCCGAACUGAAGCGAGUCGCCCGCGGGGCUAAAGAUGGGGGCACCGGGAGAAGAGACCCGCACCAGCCGAGCGGUAUCGGGCAACCGCGGCGUUACGACGACCCGAGCGGCUUCUUCACCACACCGCGGACCGACCGGCGCAGCACCGCCCCGCCGGGUAACCUUUCCUCCGGCUCCGGGCUCCUCAACCCGCUGCUCCCGGUGUCGGGCGGCGAGUACUGGGCGUACGCCAUCAUGCUGCUGGCGCUCGUGCUGUUCGCCGCGGGCAUCGUGGGGAACCUCGCGCUCAUGUGCAUCGUCUGGCACAACUUCUACCUGAAGAGCGCGUGGAACUGCGUCCUGGCCGGGAUGGCCCUGUGCGACUUCCUCGUUCUCUUCUUCUGUCUCCCGGUGGUCGUGUUCCACGAGCUCACUCUCAAGAGGCUGCUCGGAGACCUGUCCUGUCGGCUCGUGCCCUACCUGGAGGUGACGUCUCUCGGUGUGGCCACGUUCAGCCUCUGCGCUCUGAGCAUUGAUCGGUUCCACGCUGCCACCGGCCCCGGGCCCCUGCAGUCGCCCAAAGUGGAGCCGUGCCAGUCCAUCCUCUCCAAGCUGGCCGUCAUCUGGGUGGGCUCCAUGGUGCUGGCUGCCCCCGAGCUGCUCCUGUGGCAGCUCCUCCAGGAAACCGUCAGCCUGCCAACGCUCCCCGCCCACCUGCUGCAGAGCCAGCCGGCAGCCUCUCUGAUGGCGGCGUUCAGGGGCCGGACAGAUGUGUUCAAAGUGGAUAUCUGUGUCCGGGAGCCGUCUGCCGAGCUCCCAGAGGGCGUCUACUCUCUGGUGCUGACGUACCACGAGGCCCGGACCUGGUGGAUCUUUGGCUGCUACCUCUGUCUGCCGCUGCUCUUCACUCUGGCCUGCGACCUGGUGACCAGGCAGGUGUUGGCCCAGCGUCUGCUCCAGAGACCCGAGGGCGACAAGCCGCCCGGCCGGUGCUCCUCCUCCUCCUCCUCGUCCUGCUCCUCCUCAAAGAAAAAGCCGCACGUGAGGGAGCAGCGGCUGCGCUCCAUCGUGAUGGCGCUCACCAUCUUGUACAUCACAUGCAACCUGCCAGAGAGCAUCUGUAACAUCACCCUGGCGUACAUCUCCAUCCCAGAGUCGGCCGUGCUCCCGGCUGUGGUUCUGCCGGCGCUCAGCCUGAUCGGACAGUUCCUGUUGUUCGUGAGAUGCGCUGCGACGCCGGUGUUGCUGCUGUGCCUGUGUCGAUCCCUGGGCCAGGCCUUCAUGGACUGCUGCUGCUGCUGCUGUGAGGAGUGCCUCCCCGACGGCAGCUCCUCCUCGUCCUCCUCAGCGUCGGCCACUGCCACCUCCAUCCUCUCCUCGCCCACUUCCCUCUCUCCAUCGUCUCUGUCUCCGUCCAGCAAAGAGGACCCGAUGAAGGGCCUGUUGGGGACAGACCCGGCCGUCUGUGACCGGGCUAAAGACUCUUCAGUUGCUAUCGGGACGCCGUGCUGAGACUGAACCGCCACACGUGGAACUUUAAAGGAUCGUUUAGGUUUAUUAAAACUUUGUUCUUAUUUGUAGUUUGGUGCAUCACGUAUAUGUCAGUAACAACAACAUGGCCGUCCGGAGAUAAAUAGCUGAGAUCGUUACAAAAAAGAAGUCGAACAAGUCAAGUGUAAUAAAAUGUCAGUUGAUCAGAUUGGAAACGAGAUAAAAGUGAACUCAGAUUCGACUUUAAGGCCAAAAGUAUGUGGACAUUCAUGUCUGGUUCUGUUCCUUCUUGAUUUGAGCUCCUGGGUCUUUAAACUCCAACACUCAACGAUUUUUUAGACGAUAUUGAGCUUCCAACAUGGUCCUUUGGUGUUUUCACAUAACAGUAGCAUAAAGAACCGUUCAUACAGAAACAGUUUUCAUUGGUUAAUGAAGAAUAAGGCCUACACUCCUGCAGUGUAAAGACUCAAGAUGAUAGAUGGACCAGCUAACGUUACCAAACCUGUCCUUUCAGAAGUUAUGUCCAAACCCGACCCAGACCUCCCAGGCUGGUGUCGUGUAUCCACUCUCUAAACCAGACCUCCUUUUAUCACUGAUAAAGCAGCAGCUAGAGUGAGAAGAGUCAUAUUUGAGUGAAAAGCUGAUCUGAGUCAGAUAAUCUGAUGAAAUAAAGAUAAUCUGGGUUAUUUUCUCUCCUCUCAGACAUCAUGUUCUUGCUUCUGAUUCAUAAGAUGCACAAAACGACCUAAAUAAAACCCAAGCUGUGAUAAACUGGAAUAAUCGUUUAGUCUCAGUCUGUAUGAACUCCUGGAGCAGAGACUAGAGUUAGAUUUAAAAGUUUAGAUGGACUUAAUCCUGUUAUUAAAGGACUCAGUAGUUUAGCAGUUUUUUUAUGCUACGUUUUUUACAUGUUGUAGUUUUUAAUAAUUGUCUAACACUCAUUCAGGAUAUUGGUGUUACCUGCUCUGAGCACUGUGAGAGAAACACUGGAGAGUUUUGAUAUUUUAGAAUGAUGUUAAACUGAAGAUGAAGACCUACUGAGACUGUGUCCAUAUACACUGCUGUUUGUUUUGACUGUGUUUUGCUGGUCACACGUGGCUCAUGUAUGAUCCACUCACAUGUUGCAUGUGAGUUGUGUGUCGCAGCUUCAAAAACCUGGUGAGAGAUAAAUCAUGAAGAAUCA